CACGCCAGUUCUGGCUCCAAUUUGCCUCUACUGCCUCUGCAAGCGCAGGCAAGAUGGCAGCUUCCAUUUCGGCCAUAUUUUGGCUUUAAAACGCCUUAAUGAGAGUAAAUGGGGACCGUCCAGACCAUACUUUUAUACAGUCUAUAAUCACAACCCAAACUCCACAACGCGCCAAGCAGCACAUUUUUAGUUGCUGCGGAAGCACAGCUCAUUUAGGCUCAGCUCAGCUCACCUCAGGACUUGUUGUGCUACUAAGAUAUAAGGCAGUGUGAGGUUGGUGGAUGGUGGCAGUCGCUGUGCUGGGAGAGUGGAGGUUCUUCAUAGAGGGCAGUGGGGAACAGUGUGUGGUGAUGACUGGGAUAUGAGUGAUGCUGCAGUGGUGUGUAGAGAGCUGGGCUGUGGAGAAGCUGUAGAUGCACUGGGCAAAUCUCAUUUUGGAUCAGGAUCAGGACCAAUCUGGAUGGAUGAUGUGGACUGUAGUGGAUCAGAGUCUAGACUGAAGAACUGUAGAUCACCAGUAUGGGGUAAACAUGACUGCAAUGAAACCCACAAUUCUGGAGUCAUCUGUUCAGGAGCCAGGCUGGUUUUAGGUUCUCGCUGCUCUGGGAGAGUGGAGGUUCUUCAUGGAGAGAGCUGGGCCACAGUGUGUGAUGCUGACUUUAACCAGCAGGAUGCAGAGGUUGUGUGUCGAGAGCUGGGCUGUGGUUCUCCUGUGAAGGUUCUGGGAGCAGCUGCGUUUGGUAGAGGGGAGGGUCAGGUGUGGUCAGAGGUGCUUCAGUGUAGAGGAAACAAAUCUCAGACUCACUUCUGUCCAAAAUCAUCUUCACUCAAACACAACUGCUCCCAUGAUAAUGAUGUGGGACUGGUGUGUGCAGGUAAGAACUGCAUUCAGCACAAUGAGCCUGUGACUUCAUCUAUUCCUACUUAGACAGCCCUCUGUCUCAGUAGCUCAGCCCUGUGCACCAUUACCUGUUUGCCAUUAAGACCUGGUGAAAUUAAAUAUUUGUGACUUAUUAUAUUGUUUGUUUGGGGUGAGGGUGUUAUGUUUGUGCAGCAUUACUGUUCUGGCAUUUGUUUUUUAGUGGAUAAUAGUGUAAUAAAGUGUAGGGGAUCUGUGUUUGUCUAGAAUACCUUGCAGUGUGAGUUUAAAAACAUUAAAAACACAGCUAGCAGAAACGUCCUGAUGGAUAGCACUAAUUAUAAACACAAUAGACUUUGGACAAAUGUAAUGAGUUUCUCUAGUCUAACAGACACAAGAGACUGUUGUUUUGGAGAUAAUUUGUGGAUUUUUGGAGCUGCAGUAACACAUUAUACAAAAUGGCUACAGCAACAUGUAUCCAUGUGAAUCACAUGUAAUAUUCUGGGUUGGAGUGGAACAGACUUAGAAUACUUGUACUGGCAGCACAUAGUUUAAAAGCAAGAAUGGUGAAUUAAGUAUGUGUCUACUGUUCUGUUCCUCCAGUCCAUUAAGCAGGUAACAAGACUGGUGGAGGUCAUAUAGUGUCUGGAAAAUAACUGCUCACAGGAUUGCCAACAAAUUAAAAGUCUAUGUGUAUCUUUCUUUUUUAUUUUUGUUAUUUUGAAACUGUAAAGGGAAAAAAUAUUAAAAAUGCUAAAUAGA